AUACAUCUAACGAACGAACGAACGUACGACGUUGUUCCGUCGCUUUUUUGCUUGUCUUUGAUCUCUCUCUCUCUCUCUCUCUCCCUCUCUCUCUCUCUCAUUUCUGCCUACUCCUCUCGAUGGAGUAAAUUGUAACCCUAUUGUACCCAUCGCUGUACUUCUCCCCUCAAUCAGUUCACCAUGUGAAGAUCCUGCAACACGGGCAGAACUCUCGCGAUCAAUCUGGUCUACUUCCUCUAUAUAACACUUUAAAAUUCCUUUACUUGUGAUUUCAGAAAUCAAUUCGUCCGAUCGAAUUGCGACAGAGGAGGAGCGAAUUUACCCAAAUGGCCUCGGAAGACAUGGGCCUAGUCCCACCCCAGCGCCUAGACACCAACGGGUUAACCUCUCAGAUGGUUUUCCAGCAGGAGGGCCUCCGGUUCAACUCGCGCCCGGUCGCCGACCCCAGUCCGAAGACCCGGGAGCUCAGCGGCUUCAUUGACGACCGGUAUUUUCAAUCCCAAGGGGCCGCGGCGGAUUUCCGGCGGAGCUUGUACGUCGACGACGGGAAUCGGCUGGGGCAGAGUUUGAACGGGAACGGACAGGGCGGCGGCGAGGGGUCCGAAGGAGAUGAGGAGGAAGAGGAUGACGACGACGACGAAGAAGAUGACGAGGAGGACGACAUGGAGGAAAGGGAGGUUGGGUCAAGUAGGGGAUUAAUGCAUUCUGGAAAUGAUAACAGCAAUGCAAGAGCAACUGUUAACGGUAAUCAUCAACAGGGACGAUCUAAUCAGUACCACAAUGCUGUAACAAUUGCGGAUGCAAAUGGGGAUUUGUACUAUUCGCAGUAUCCGCACGGACUUGAGGGGUCGGGCAGUGGGCAAAAGGGCGUAGGGGUUGAAAAUGGUUGUGGGGGCAGUGGAAGAAAGGAGGGUUCGUAUUCCACCGAGUCUGGAGAAUCUCUAAGGAUGAUUCUAUCUGAUCCUUUGACAGGAGCACUUAUGGAUGACGCAAUUAUAUUGCCUUGCGGGCAUUCCUUUGGAGGUGGCGGAGUACAGCAAGUUCUCAGAAAUAAAGCUUGCUGUACCUGCUCUCAUCCAGUAUCAGAAGAGUCUGUAUCACCAAAUCUAUCUCUUCGAGCCGCUGUCCAGGCAUUCCGUCGGGAAGAAGAGUUAAAUGUUUACCGCUCAUCAAAAAGAAGAAGAGAUAGAUUUGAACAGGUUUGUAUAUCCAUGACCCCUACCCCAAAACUGUAUUAUCCUAAUCCGUGUUGUUCUUUUUAGUUACGACUUAAGGUUUUCAACUUUUUAUGGCUGGCGAGAAUCAAUUAUAGGUACCAUUACCAUGAAUCUGAAAUUACCAGUACUAAGAUUCUUGUGUCAUGGCCAUUCAGGUACUUGGAUUAUUCAAACAGUUUUUAAGGAACAUUGUAAGGACAUGCAGUUGAAUGACUUCCUACCUUACCUUUCAAAUAUUGGAUGGUCUAGAAAUAUCUUAUUUGAGGAAUCGAGAUACUGCUGUUUCUGAUACUGUCAUCCCACUCUGGAGAGGUACUCAACUAGGAAUUGUACAUUUGUACUCCAGUCUUGGUUGGAUACAAACAAUGCAAUGGAGAAACGAGAUUCCCAUGUCACCCUAAUCUCUACCAUCCAAACAUAGCCUAACGUAGUGUCAACCAUGUCUAAUUACAAGAUUCGGCAAUCACUGAUAUGGUAGAAAAUGCAGGCUUUUCGGCGCUCUCUCUUUUGUUUACGACUCACCAAUCCUUAGAAUGAACAUCCUUGCCCCCGGAUAAUGUGCUUUGGCAUAAUAUCUAGUUGCUAACCAACAUUAGUUGGUCAGCCAUUCAAGUAUUUAUGGACAACCCUGCCAAUAAUUUUGUUUGUUUGUCUUUCACACUUU